AUGAAUUCAUCAGCUGAUUAAAAUUUAGAGGGCUAAGUAAAGAUGUGCCAAAUACACAAUAACGAAAUAAUUGCUGUAAACCUUGACUCUUCAAUAACUGGAAUUAUUACACAUUUGUGUAAUUAAUGUUUAAUUGAUAAUACAAAUAAUAAUAAAGUAUUAACAAUUUUGCAAGCAAAAGAACAAAUAGCAUCAAAUAAGAAAUAAAAGUAACAAAGAAGGAGGAAUGAAAUUGAAAUAAUAUUAACAUAAUUAAAAAACCUGUUUUAAAACAUAGAGUAAUUCAAAUGUAAGGUUAAUACUAAUUUGGAUAAAAUAUCAAAUGAAUUGUCCAAAUAAAUUAAGCUUAAAUUACAAGAAUUAUCAUUAUCACAAAAUUGUUUAGCUUAACAUAAUUUUUGGGAGGAUGUUCAAUUAUUAUCAGAAUUUAUAUCGAAUUAAGAAGAGUAAAUGGAAAUUUACUAUUUGAAUGAAAUGUAAAUUUAGUUUUAGUAAAUUUCAUUUGAUAUAGACUACCUGUAAACAAUUGAAGCUUUUAAAAAUGCUAAAAUGAUAAUAAAUUAAUUCAAUUUAGAUAAUUAAAUUCGAUUAGAGCCCCCAAAAGUUGAAAAUAAUACAGUAAAUUUUUUAUAUAUUUAGAAAACAUUUAGUUUAAGUACACUUUGUAAAGAUCAUAUAAAGGAAGUAAUUUUGUUUGACAUAGAUUCGGAGAAUAUAUUACCAGAAAAACGAUUAGCUUGUGCUUAAUGCUUUAGUAAUGGCACCUCAUAAAAAUAUAAAACGAUUGAACAAAUAAAUGAUUUAUCGAAUAAAAAAAGUAAAAGGUACAAUAAGAUAGACUUGCUAAUCAAUAAGCGUCAAAGAAGUAAAAUAAAUAAAAAAAGUUAAAUGAAUAAAUUGCCUCAAUCAAUAAGAAUUACUAUUAGCAAUUAAAUUUAAUUACUCAUGCAAAAUUUUUCUAACCAAAUACAUAGCCAGGUGAGACUAGUAAGUUUAAAUAAACUCCAUUAAUUUUUUAAAUGAUUAAUCAAGUAUUAUGAUUCUAAUUUUUAGCUGAUAGCCAAAUCUUAGAAAUUAAAGAGCAAUUACAAAAAUUUAAGCGAGGUGAAAUUUACAAUUAGAACAACAGAUAAGAA